UGCGAUUACAGAAUCCUCCCGCCUGUUGAUGAAUCGUCAGAGCUUCCCCUGCGCGCGCUGUGAAGCACUGCCACCAGGCAGGAAGGAUUUUGUUAUAAUGUUGUAAUAACAUAUAAGACCUCUCCGUUCACGGUCUGCAUGUUCUUGUCAUCGUCCAAUUCUCUCAGGACUCCUCUCCAUACACAACUCAUCACAAUUCCAAGAAUCUUCGAACCACUCUCAUCUGCCUCAGAGUCAAUACGAACAACCACUCAUACACAAUGUUGACUGAACGUAACGCCGUCUUCAUCGCCGUCUUGAUAUUCUACACUGGCACAGCAAUAUUCUCGACGAUACGACUGAUUCAACAUGGACUCAGAAAGACUGCCAGCGAGCGUAUCUUACUCGUCUUCAGCAUCGGACGAAUCCUCUGCGCCGCUUUCCAAUUAGCAACGAUUAGCUAUCCUACCAAUACAAGCGUUUGGGCUGGCUAUGUUACGACCUUUUCCAUCUGUGUUUCCCUCCUAUUGUCGGCUUCUCUCGUACUUCUGAGGAGACUGGCUCAACGCGCAGGCACCGAUUUCCCUCAGGUUGCUGGCCGCGACUCGAUGAAAUUCUGCCAAAUCCUGGUCACUGUCGGUCUCAUUCUCGGUAUUGCCGGCGGUAUUAGAGCAACCUCUAACUGGGGCUCUACUGGCUCAUACAAGCCCGACAGCAUUCAGAAAGCCAGUAUCAUAAUUUUUAUCAUCUCCUGGGCAUUGAUUGUCUUCAUGGCCAUCCACACCCUCGGCAAAGCAAGAGCUGCGGGGUCUCAGACACAAAAGAUUGCUGUCGGCGUAUUUGCUAUCAGCUUGCCCUUGUUGGCUGUGCGCAUUGCAUACUCUGCCGUGUCCAUCUUUGCCAACUUGAGGUCAUUCAGCUCUAUUUAUGGCAACGUUACCAUCAUGCUAUGUAUGGCUUUGAUUGAGGAGGCUAUCGUUGUCCUUAUGUACCAGGCACUCGGAUUUGUCACACUUGAGGAAGGAGCCAGAGGGCGUUCAAUCGAUAGCGAUCUUGAUCAGCUCUCCAUGGCAGAAACUGGAGUUGUUGCUAGCAAGUAAACUGGCUGGCCUUGUAUCAAGGACACGGGUUAUUUACACUAUAGAUGGCGAUGUAUUCCAAUUUACUAUCACAC